ACAGUCGGCGCGGACAUUUAAAUGCACGGUCGUCUAGGACGCAUAACUAGAAUUAACUUCACUAUUUGAUGCGAAAAACAACAACUUUUUUUUAUAAUUAUAUAUUAUGUAUAGAACAUUAAAAUAAUAAUAAUAAUUUAUUUAUAAAUAGUGUUCCAUUUUUUAAUUAGAAUAAUGUCGUUUGAACUGAUUAUGAACAUGGAGAAGAUAUGUUUGUUUGUUUUCAUAUAUCUGGUUCAUCAUGCUACUGGGGAGUACAGAUUAACCGAUGAGCAGUUCGCGAUGAUGCCACCUCUGGUCCACGUAGACAGGUUCACUCACUGCGUGAACCAACCAGGGGGGCUGUACUGCACCUCGUAUGCUAACGUGGUGGCGGAUCAUCCGAACCCAGUAUACGACAUAAUACAAAACUACUCUAACGCUGCAGCCAGGCAUUACAACUACUCGAGAUUAUUGUACGGCAUGUGCCUGUCAGAUAUAGAUUGCCGGCAUCAUGUCAAGGGGAACUCAACUCCUGAACUCAUGAGGGCAACUGAAGCCUGCAUCAAUGACACCUUAAGAAGGAAAUACGACCUCGGCGUACGAGUAGAGAAAGUCAACUGCUACAGAUACAAAGAGAGGCGUCACCAACUAGAUUACAUAGAUAACCUGGUGUUUUACGUACUAGCUGGAAUAGUGGCCCUGAAUUUGCUGUCUACAAUCUACGAUUUCGCCUACAAUGAUAGCGAAGUAGCAGGGUGGCCUCUUAUCUUCUCUCUGCGUGCCAAUUGGAGAAGGUUGGUGGCGCCACCAAGCAAGGACCCGAGGAGAUCCAAACUGAUCGGCAUCAACGGAAUAAGGUUCCUCACAGCUGUACUAGUGCUUUUGGGUCAUGCUCCCAUACCUCCGGUCAUAACUAUAGAAAAUCCUCAAUGGCUAGAAGACGCGUUCGACAACGUCGCGAUGCAGUCAUUAUUCCAAGGCCACAUGAUCACACAGACGUUCUUCUUGUUGUCUGGUUUCUUCCUCACGUACAACCUUCAAUUCUUCAGCGGAAAGCUCACCUGGAAGAUAAUACCCAAAGGGAUCUUAUUGAGAUGGCUUAGAAUAGCCCCAGUGACCAUCGUAAUGGUAGCGUUAACUGCUACUUGGUUUAAGUUCUCGAAUUAUGGACCAUUUUGGCAAGAAAGUAUUGGCGUAGAAGUCGAUGACUGUCGCAAGGACUGGCCAUCGGUCAUCUUCUAUUACAACAACUACAACACCAAUUCCACUUGCAACCUCCAAAAUUGGUCUAUGGCGUGUGAUAUGCAGUUGCACAUCAUAGGGUUGAUGGUGGUGGUGCUGUCCCCAACUGUGAAGGCCAGGAACCGUGCGAUCUUCAUCUUCUUCCUACUCGGCAUGAUCUUCCCUGCUCUAGAGGUCUACUUCCGGGGCGUGGAUGGCAACUUCCUAAUUACGGCGGAGGCCAUCCGAAACUACCUGGUGGUUGUUCCGACGUUCAAAUAUUUAUACGUCCCCACGCACACAAACAUGCCAUGUUUCUUCAUGGGCAUGUACUUGGGAUACUACUUAACGGACAUAGAACAAAUACAAAUCCCUAAAAAGCUACGAAAGGUGUUCGCUUACACCUUCUGGACGUUGUUCCCUUGGAUGCUGGUUUUACCAAUAACGCAAUACUUCCUCUUCGUUGCGGAUGGCUCUCAAACAUCCAUGUGGAUGCGGAUUAUUCAUGCUAUGGUUGAGAAACCUCUACAAGGACUAAUUGUUAGCUUGAUUAUCAUAGGAAUGGUUAUCAAAAUUGAAGAACUGCGGUUCUACAGUUGGAUCCUGGAGAGCCCCAUCUGGGUGCCGCUGGCGAAGCUGUCGUACUCUAUGUUCGCCACGCACGUGAUGAUAGUGCGCUACGUCGGCGGCACCAAGGCAUCAAUGUCACACAUCACCCUCGUCAGCAUGAUCCAAGAAUUCGCUGGACUUGUUACGUUAUCAUUGUUUUUCGGUUUCAUAAUGUACAUGCUUGUUGAAGCUCCAUUUGGCGAAGUGGUAAAGUUGCUAGCAUUCCCUAGUACUAAGUCAAAAUCUACAGUGAAAGCCAAUGGGAAUGGAGUACACAUUGAUGGGAAAAUAAUACAGAAUGGAAAUGGAAACUCUACUCCUCAUAAUGGAAAUAUCAGAGAAUUUCAGAGCAACGGAAAGUCUUUGAAAACGGAAUGAAAAACAAUGCAUUAUCAAUCAGUGUUGAUAGAAGAAUUUUAGCGGUUCCGUGAUUAUUUAGAGCUGUGACUUUGAGCAAGUGCAAUCUACAACAAGUUUGUAGGAACUUCUUUAUAAAAACCGUUUUACCGGCUUCUUUUUAUCAUAAAUAUUUUGCAAUUUUAUUCGUAAUAAUUAGUUCUACCGCGUAACUAUAUUAUUAUGAAAUUAAAGUAAAUUUUGACAUUUGAAAAGAAAUAAAAUGGCCGAGUUUAUAACUAAAUAUAAUAAAACAAAAGUAUAAAAAUCUUUUAAUUUAAUACGGGGAAUAAAAAAAAUAAGUUUCAAAUGUUGAAAUAUAUAUUUAAUGUUGUGGUGUUUGAAUUUAGUCAUUGAAUGAGAUUAAAACAAAAAGGGAAGAUACGGCACCCGCGGCUCAAUAUUGAACCGCUUAAAUUGUGGUUCAUGACCACAAUUCGCUUUAGUCACAAUUCGACAUUCAAACACGCUGCAUGUGCACACAAAAAAACAAUAUUGCGUAUAUUCUGUGUUAUAAAGUUAAAACAAUGCCUUCGAUGCUUCUUAAAGGACACAAAUACUUCAAAAUCAAAUAAAUGACAUGGCAACAUUUUUCAUUUGUAAAACUGUAAAAACAUUUUUUUCUCAAAAAUCACGGUUUGUCGUGUAUUUUAUUUACGUAAUCGCCAUUUCUUAUCAAGAAAAGGACAACGAUACAGCUCAGCCGUGCCAUGCGGUCUCGGACGCGGCCUCGCCGUUUCGCUCGCGCUGCGUUGAAGCGUACAGUUCUGUCUCGCUCGUUCGAUUGAAUGUUUAUUUACAGAUGUGUGCGUGUGUGAGAGUUGCUUAUGUAGUUGAGUCGGAGCAUAUUUUAUUUGAUGCUAGUAUGAGAUGAGCGUACUGUAUCAUCCCUUUUUGUUUUAAUCUAUGUUCAUAGAUACAUUACCUUUAAUGUAGGUAGCUGCGAUGUUAUGGUAAAUCUUAUAGUUUAUUGAGUUAGUAUUAUUUGUAUUAGCUAUUAUAUGUUGUUUUAUUAGUUAUUGAUAGCUCUACUUUACUGUAUUAUACUUGAACUUAGAUGUAAUGUUUAUACUUUAUUUUUUUAUGAUAAUGGUUCAUGUGAUUUCAAUUAUAUGUGACAGUCUGAUAUAGGAUAUAACAAAUUUUGUGUUAACCUGAUCUUGCCAGUAAUUAAUUUAAGUAUUACUGUUGGUAAGUUUUGUGCCUAUACACUUUUUGCACUAGUAAUAUUCUGCGAUGUAUACCAUAGCUAAGAUUCCAUGAUUACUAUGAAAUAGAAUUACUUAUAGCAAUCGGAUCGAUAGAAAAUGAAAUAAUUUAAAAUCCUUAUUGUUCUGUAUGCGUCACUAUUACGAAUACUAAAUAGUAAACACAAAAAAAAAUACACACUUGAAUACAAAUUAAUCAAGAUCAGUUCAAAUAGAAUGUAAUGUGAAGUUGAUUGAAUGAAUAUUCAUUCAUUAACUAUGUUCAGAAUACCUUUUACCGAUAGCCACAAAUCAAGUUUACCAAAACUGUAUUUUUUCCGACUGAUUGAAAGAUAGCUUUUUGUUCGUUUUGAUAAGGAUUAACAAUCAAUAUUGACAGUUUGUGGCAACUAAAUUUGUGAUUUUCUGUACAUAUUGGAAGCAUUAAGCGAUAGCUAAAUAUUUUUAUGUUUCUCCAGAGAGAAUAAUUUGAAUGAGAGCCAAAGUAUUCAAUACUGUUCUCCGCGUCAUUCAAUCACAGUGGUCACGAAUGAAUGGGCGCAUUAAACUACAAUCACAAAAAUGUAUAUCAAAGAUAUAGGUACUUACAUAAAAAAAACUAAAAAUAAUAAAGACAAAGUUUUAUUGUCUUUGUACAGUAAUAUGAAAAGUGACCAGAAAAAUGAGUUGAGUUACUACAUUUCUCUCACAGUAUUUUAUUGAAACUGAUUCUACCUAAACUUAAGAGGCCAUGGUGUAAAUAAAAUAAAUUAUUAUAAAAAAUAAAAACUUUAUUUUUUUUAACAUAAUUCUGUACACGCUCACUUAUCCUUAAAAACAUUUUUUUUACAAUGGUCAACAGCACAUCAAGUCAAUUUUCUCAAAACUGCCCAGGUCAUAAUUCAUCUGAUAGAUAUCUUUUAACAAAAUCGACUAAGAAAUCAAUUACAUAAUGUAAUUUAAUUUUGACUAAGAAAUC